UUGUUUAGUCAUGAGCAAUGAUUAGGGUUAACUUUUUAAUAUUAAGAGCGUCUCGAUUUUGUUAGCCAUGGAGUUAUUUGAAUCAGUUAAACACUCGUUUAUAUGCUAUGCUUUCGAGUGAUAUAUAAUGGCAAAUUCCACCUACAUCAGAUUUUUUUUUUUUUGGCAAAACACACGAGCCCUAAUUAGGCCAGUGUGUAUAUCAAGAAUAUACAAGUGGCAAGUGGGAUCUAUUUCAUGGUAUACUAUGAGAAAAUGUUGCAUAAUUAUUUUAUAACAUGUCAUAGAAAAUACAGUAUUCUGAUUGGCUUCAUUUUCUAUGGCAUGGUAAAAAGGUACAAAUUUUUGUCUAACGCGAUUGACUCGUAAUAACAAUUUGACCGAGUGAGGUAUACGACUUCAGCGAGUAAUCGGGUCAGAGUAAUUUCAAACCGGAGCAUAUGAUUGCUCUCUAAAUUUUACGACACGAAGACCUUUUACUAAUUUAUCGUAUCCAUAACAAAUUUUGAGAUUAAGCAGUCUUUAAGCGCUUAUUUUGAGCGAAAAAGUAGGUAGCAUUUUUAAUUUCCAUAAGUUUCACAAGCAGGAGGAAACAUUAAGAAAGCCAUUUUAAGCACACGUAAUUGAAAUUCGAAUGGCAAGUGUUUAAUUACAGGUACCCAAUUACAUGACGUUGUAAUUAGAUACCUGUAAUUAGACACCUACCUCAUUCGCACGGCUCAUUCACACGUCGAUUACGUGAUUAAUAGGCGCGCGGAGAACCAAUCAGAACGGAGAAUGUUGUUAGACGUACGAUUUACAAUGUAAUAUAGACAGUGCAAUUGACAGACGACAACGCAUGUUUAAACACGAGGGUACCUGUAUAAACAGGAUUGUUUACACUGUGUAACAAUUAAGAAAGUCCUUAAUGAAAUGCGGUUGUAAUUCAAAUUCAGCGAAUGUCAAUCUAGGAAUAAUUCAGUUUGAGAAGGCGAAAGGCAAUUCAAAAUAGCUAUUGCUAGCUCGUUUCUUGAGUUUAAGCUCAGAUCUGAUUAGGGACUGAAUAUCGAAAACCUUGUUGUUUACCGUGCAUCGAGGAUAUUAAAAAAACAUGUAUAUUCACAGCCUCCUUCAAAGCUGUCUAAGCCAAUUAAAACUGGCAAAACAUUACCAUAACAAAAUGUACAGAACGACUAAAUUUAAUUUGGUGACGCAAGACAGAGUUUUAAAUAAUGCAAAGUGCGCGACUACAAUUACAUCUGUUCAGUUGCCGGUUGAGGUGUACUUGAAACUUAGCGAUUCAAAGUGAAUUAUCUCAGACCUGGCGUCGGUUUUCGAGUGAUACUUUAAAAUUUCGCUGCCAUGGGAAAAACGGAGUCUUGGUUUUGGUAUUUUGCGUGGUUUAUUACCGCCGUAGCAGUUGUUGGAAAUGCCCUGGUAAUCUUCUUGAUAACAACGAAACAUCACCUCCAAAAGAAACCAAACUGGUUUAUUUUGUCGCUUGCAAUUGCCGAUCUUUUUGUUGGGUUCACGUUCAUACCUCCUUUUUACGCGUGCUGGAAAUGGUUUCCUUGUAGCAAAGACGUUUGGUUUGUGCGUCAAACAAUCAAGUGGACCUUUCUUUACGUGUCUGUAAGCAACCUUUUUACUUUGACUUUGGAUCGUUACAUCGCCCUGACCUCACCACUGAGACAUAAAUGGCUUGUGACACCAACGCGUAUUGCCCUUUCGGUCAUUACCGCUUGGAUUGUACCGGUAAUAAGUCGAGUGUGCAUCUUUGCUCCGGUGCAUUUCAGUAGCGAAGCAACGGCCUCCAAAUAUCUUGUCCCGGUUUUUCUGGUGAUGUUUGAGUUGGUUCCAUGCAUUCUACUUUCUUGCUUCACAUUUCACAUGGUGUAUAUUGUUCGAAAAAGACGACAGUCAUCUAGAACUAUUGAAGAUUCGUCUAGAGAACUAAGAUCACUAAAUUUACGAAUCCAUAUCCGAGACGAUGGACGCGCAAACUACAACAUCAGAAUUGUAGUGUCUGUUGUGGGAUUGUUCAUUCUGUGUUAUUCACUGGACAUAUACAUCUGUUUUUGUGAUAUUUUCAGUUUGUCUAAAAUAUCCCGGCAGUUAUGGUAUGUUCGGCAUCUUUUAUUGGUCACAAAUUCUGCCCUGAACCCAAUAGCUUAUGCUUUAUUUAAGAGAGACAUUAGACAAGCGAUUUUAGCACUUGGACGGGUCCACUCAAACACUAGAGUUACCCCUUCUACUGAAAACAGAGAGCUACAUUUUAUUUAAUUAAGGUUUUGACAGUUUUCUGUUCUGCGUUGGGUAGUAGGGUUCUUCAAAAAUUGCUACACUCUUUUUCUUGUUUCUAUGAAAAUAUUCUUUUUCCUGCCGAGGCUGAAAAUUCUUAUUUCUCUGCUGAUUUUAGGCUGAAAAUAAUCUUGUGAAUAUUCCUCGAUUAUGGCGUAUGGCAUUUCUAUCUUCGAAUGCAUUGGUGGCUGAAUGCUGUUAAAGUAAUUUUGGAGCCAGCCUGCAGGCAUCGAAGUCUGAUAUGAUGUACAGAACUUCUUGCAGAAAU